AAAGCGACAGCUGGGGACCAGUUCCGAUUUAUCGUCAGGCAGGAAUUAUCUGGAAGCAGGAACGCACGAUGCCCGUGUGGACUCUAAACGGUCCCCUGGCCAGGAGGAAUUUAAAGCAGGCGCGGAUGCUGCUGAGGAGCGACCAGCACUAGAUAGCGAUCGGUUGUUCCUUUCUGCCAUCGAAGAGAAGCAACUACGGAAGAUGGAGCUGGAGCUAAAGCGGAAAGAGUGGCAUAGCGCGAAAACGUGGGACAUGUAUCACCUGAGAGAAAGCUAUGCGACUCUUCUCUAUGCAGAGUAUAUCAACUUCGUCUCGGCAACGGAAAAGAAAAGGAAGACUCUUCCCGAAGUUACGAGAUGGCCCUGGCGCGACAUAGUCACAGAGUCAAGAUGUGCUAGAAAGGAAAGCGGAACUACAAAACCAUUGUUAACAGCUGGAGAAUCUUCGUCCUCUUCGAUCAAGCAGGAUAAUCCCCAUCCAGGAUGCAAACCAGAGACAGACUAAGCCUUGCAGCAUUCAAUUCCAAAGGUGGUGGCACCAUCCACGGGGUUAUUGUAACAGGAAAAUCUUCGAGGAAGGUCCACCAGAGGGACGGAAUCUCGCAACCUCUAAAUUGCACUGCAGCUGUGCUAUGAGAUGGAGAAGUCGGAUCGUAAUGCUUCCAAAUGGGCCAGCACAUAUAUUCCGAGUCCCUACUUGCUGGUUAUGCAAAUUGUGAAGGAUGAGCAUAUCAAAGAAGCUGUAGAAGAUUUAUUACAGCAGCAAAUAAGAGUGGUUCCAUCGCCAGACGAGCAUCAUCACGUUGAUGCGGCAACUUUUUAAAUCUGGGAGAGUGCGCACGUAGUAGCUGAUCACGGCAAAGCAGAG